GGGUGGAUUUUAUUAAAUGGGUUGUUCUGGUGUAAAUGUAAAACAAGUAAAAAUUUACUUGAUCUCUGUCCCAUCUUUAGAGUCAAAGAUGUCAGCCUUUUCCUCGGCUUGUAAAACUAUCCCUGUUUCACCUUCAUCCAGAGAACACACCUGUGACUCUGUUGGGCUGAUCUUGAGCCAAGGUGGUUGUUUGUCACAUGAUCAGGGGCAGAUGUUGGGAACUGAGCUCAGUUUGAUGGAGAUGACAGAGGUUGAAUACACACACCUUCAGCACCUUAUCCAGGCACAGGUGGAGGCACAAGCCGGGUCUCCAGAUGGGCCAGAUGCCAGAGGUCACCCUGCUACAUUGACGGUUAAAGAUGCCACUGGAUCCACAGUGAUUUCUCCCUUCACAACCACUCAAGCUAUUGACCUGUCAACUUCGACAGAUGAACACUGUCUGGUGAUGCCAGGAGAAAAGACACCAGCUUCUUAUGCAGAGGUCCCAGGUUUUGUGAUGGCCAGAAUCAGAGGUGAAAACAGUCCAAGUGAACCACCUGCCAGCAGCAGGACAUCUUCACUGAAGCGAUCCAGAUCAGCUGCUAGAGUUUGCUUGGAGAAAAGGUUCAACACAGUGUCUGCUGACACCCCAAGAAAUGAUAUUCAGUCAGCAGUUCUCACCAAUUUUUUGACAAUACUUCAGCAGUCUGCAGAGGCUCAUGAGGCAGUCAUACAUCCACAGAUGCAGAAGUGGAUGAAAACUGACAGACCAAAUCCUUUUGAGGUUACAAAUGUAGGGGGUGUAUUUAACCCUGUCACCAACAUGUGUGGUCAGGUAUUUGGCCAUAUUCCUCAUAUGGUUGAAUCUAACAAGCACCAGGGUUUAAUCAUCCCCAAGAGUUUUUCAUUUAAUGUUUGCCCAGAGAGGGUUGUUACCAAAGCUCACCAUACCAGCAGCAGCAACCCAACAGAAGAGAAGAAGUUAGUGAACAUAAAAAGUAAUAAUGAUGAGGUGACACCUACUGCUUCCAGGAAAAGUGGUAGUGCCUGCGGCUCUCAACCCAUCAAGGCUGCAAACGCUGCCUCAGAGUCAGCUGGAGAGUCAGGGAGCAGCAAAAGGAAAAGAGCUCAGUUUUGUAUGUCACAUAGCCAGCGCAGGGAGAGACACAACAGUAAGGAGAGGGAACGCAGGAGGAGGAUUCGUUUGUGCUGUGAUGAGCUAAACAUGCUGGUGCCUUUCUGUGACUCAGAUACAGACAAAGUCACCACCCUGCAGUGGACCACUGCCUUCCUCAGCUACAUCAAUAAAACCUACGGAGACACCUUCAAAGAGGAGUUUCAGACUGCAUUCACCGAAGAGAAAGGACUCUUUCUGAAAUCCAACCCUUCUCCGGGCCAGGACACAAUCCACCGGGAGAUGGAUGAGACACUGAGCAUUCCUCUUGCUGUAGAACAAUGACACCACUCCCUCCCCAAUUAUCACUAUCUUAUCUAAUAAAUCAGCCGGAUAUUUCAGGACAUUUAACCGUGAAAUGAGCUGUUGUCCUAUGAGGUCUGGCUGUGUUGUUAGAUUUUAAAUGACAAAUUCUCCUUUUGAGAGAAGUUCUGCUUGUGACAACAUUACAAUGAUUUAGAAAGUAGAAGGUUUUCAGUCUCAGACCAUGUGAUGCUCAAACAUGGUUUGAAUUGCUAGGCAAGUGUUUCAAUUGCCAUGCCAGCUAUUCUAACCUCCCCUUAGAGAGCCAGCAUUGGUUACAAGAAAGUCAUCAACAGGUGGCACUGUUUCCCUUUGACAAAUAUAAGAUAGUGUUCUAAUGAGUAGAUUUCAGAUCUUCACUAUCAUUGAUUUAGCUAAUCUUACUUAUAUUUGCAUAGUUUUAAUCCUAAUUCAAAUUUUGUUUACUCGCGUAUUUUUUAAAUUGUUUACAUUGGUUAAACUUGGUUCAUACAGUGUGUUCAGUUUUCGUGUCUACAUAAAUUUAGUCUCUAAUCACAUAUUUUGCAUGGAAAUAAGUGUCGCUGCCUUGUGAAUUAAUUGGGUUACUUAACUUUCACGGUGUUAAGCAUAUUACUCUGAAGUAAAGACUGUUCAUUUGAUAUGUAGAAAAGAGUAAUGUUUUACUGAAAAGUGGCUUUAUUUGUUCUUUCUUACAACAUGUCGCUGUAGCAUCUUACUGUACAUACAACAGUCACCCACAAAUAAUAAAUAGUAUUUAAAGUCAUGUAUAUUUAAUAGUUACAGCACCGGUAGUACAUAGUGGAUGUGGUCAUUGCAGAUUGAAAAAAAAUGAAUUUUUUACUUUGCUCCUAAGAUUCUUAAACUUAUUUUACAAUGUCUGAUGUAUGCAUCCACAAGUUUUAUUUCGUUUGUGAUUCUCAAAUCCAGAGAAUCAGCUUCACAUGUAAUUAAAAAAAAACAAGCUGUAAAAAAAAAAAAGACUAUCAAAAGUUUAAAAAUUUUUGCAUUAAUCUACACAAUGUCUGGGCACCUGGUUAUUUCUUUUUUAUUCCUUUUACAACACAUACACAGCUCCUCGACAGAGGCUUUUUUGCCUCUGGCACCUAUUUCCAUAUUUUACAAUGUAAGCUUGUAUGCUGAGGUAACACCUGUGAUUUACAUUAAUGGGCCAUGAUACAUGCACAUUCACUUCAGAGACAGUCACUGUUGUUUUUAGAGUGUCAUUUGCCAGAAGGAUGUUAACCAAAGUAAUGGGGCAUGGAAACAACAUGUACAAAGUUUUUAUACACAAAGGACUCAUCAUUCAUUUUCCAGCUGUUUGUAAAGUCAAGUCUUGUUAUGUGAUAGUAUUUAGAGCAAUGCAGUUGUUCUCUUGCACUCUUCGGUGCCUCUGUCCACUUUAUUUUUGGAUGUCACCUUGAUGUUUUUGUCUCUCAGUUGCUCUGGUAUUCACUCCUUGGAUGUUCCUCCAUUCCUCUCAAAAUAUCACAUCUGUUGAUGUUACUCUUCCCAUCUUGUGAUACAUGUAUUUAAAUAAAGAGGACAUUUUUGUGAUCA